AGAAAGAAGCAGAAGCAGAGGAGGAGGAGGAGGAGGAGGAGAAGAACUGUUGCCUGCGGUGGGCAGAAACAGCCUCUCUUUCUCUCUCUUCCACGUGCGCCUUUGGAGACGCGUUGCGCUUCGGUUUGGAGAGGGCAAAACAAGCCUAAAAAGGUGGCCUUGGGUUCUGAUUCGGCCUGGAGAGAAAGAGCUAUCUCUGGCCGCCUUCGGGGCUGCUUCCUGGGCGGCUGAGUCAGUCCUGAGCUUCUAAAAUCAAGGGCUCUUUCCUCCUCUUCUCCUUCUUUGUCGUCUCCUUGGUCUGUUGCAUCUGUUGGCGCGCCAUGCCGCCUCCUGGGUCCCUCUUCCUCGCCUUCUUCCUCCUCUUCCUCUUCUUCCUUCGGGAGGCUUAAGCCCACGACCCCCUUGCCUCGACCCCCGAGGGACCGGAUCCCACCCCAAAAUGCGGCUCAGGAAAGCGCGACCGUGACGCCUGCCCACCCGGAGUCUUGUUUGGUUUUCCUCGCCUUCCUCUCCGAGACGCUGCGGCACUUCAGCGAUGCUUCGCCGGCAAAUCAACCGCUUGUUUGUCGGCGAAGAGAAGCGCGUCGGAACCCGGACUGUCCUCGUCGGCCAUCGCACUUUUUCUGAAACGGAGGCUUACGUUCCCCAGAAAUUCUGCUCAAACCGGAUCGUCUCAUCCAAGUACACCAUCUGGAAUUUCCUUCCAAAGAAUCUCUUUGAACAGUUUCGAAGAAUUGCCAACUUUUACUUCCUUAUCAUCUUCCUUGUACAGGUCAUAGUGGACACACCGACCAGCCCUGUCACAAGUGGGCUUCCGCUUUUCUUUGUCAUUACCGUUACAGCUAUUAAGCAGGGUUACGAGGACUGGCUUCGGCACAGAGCCGACAAGGAAGUGAACAAGGGCAACGUUUUUGUGAUUGAAGGCUCCAAGCUUGUGAAGAAAGAAUGUGAAACAAUCAAGGUUGGCGACAUCGUUGAAGUGUCGUCAGACGAAACCUUUCCCUGCGACCUCAUAUUCCUCGCCUCGAAUACCAAGGACGGCUCUUGUUAUGUCACUACGGCGAGCCUUGAUGGGGAAUCGAAUGUCAAGACCCACUAUACUGUGCAGGAUACUUCCCACCUCUGUACAUGCCAAGCCAUCGGUUGCCUUACCGCCACCAUCGAAUGUGAACAGCCACAACCGGACCUCUACAGGUUUGUGGGCAGAAUUAACAUCUAUAAUGACAACCAAGAACCCAUAGCCAGAGCCCUGGGUCCCGAGAACCUCUUGCUAAAAGGAGCAACGUUAAAAAAUACCCCGAAGAUCUACGGGGUUGCUGUGUAUACUGGAAUGGAAACUAAAAUGGCAUUGAACUACCAAGGCAAAUCUCAGAAACGCUCCGCAGUUGAAAAGUCCAUCAACGCUUUCUUGAUCGUCUACCUGUGCAUCUUGGUGGGCAAGGCGAUCAUAUGCACCGCCCUCAAGUACACCUGGCAAAGCGUUCCAUAUAACAAUGAGCCUUGGUAUAACCAGAGAACCCAGAAGGACAAAGAAACUUUCAAGCUUUUAAAAAUGUUCACCGAUUUCCUGUCCUUCAUGGUGCUGUUCAAUUUCAUCAUCCCCGUCUCCAUGUACGUGACAGUCGAGAUGCAGAAAUUCCUGGGCUCCUUUUUCAUUUCGUGGGACAAAGAAAUGUAUGACAAAACCCGAGAUGAGGGGGCCUUAGUGAAUACCUCCGACCUCAACGAAGAGCUUGGCCAGGUUGAAUAUGUCUUCUCUGAUAAAACGGGGACGUUAACAGAAAACACCAUGGAGUUCAUUGAGUGCAGCAUCGACGGCUUCAAGUACAGCCACGCCUUCUCAGAAGUUGACGGAGGAACUUUCAAAAAAGCAGCUCAGAGCCAAGAGCAGCUGUUCAUGCGCGCUUUGUGCCUCUGCCACACUGUUCAAGUCCAGGAAAGCGACAAAGUUGACUCGGGGAAAUCAAACAUCGACGUGUCGUGCAAUUACGUUGCAGCUUCGCCGGAUGAAAUAGCUUUGCUUCAAGGAGCUCAAAAGUAUGGUUUCACUUUUCUAGGACAAGAAAACAACUUCAUGAAGGUACAGAAUCCAAACAAGCAAAUCGAAAGAUAUGAGCUGCUCAACGUUCUCGAUUUUGAUUGCGUCCGUCGGCGAAUGAGCGUUCUGGUGAAGGCACAAGACCGAAAGCUGUACCUCUUCUGUAAAGGAGCAGAUUCAGCCAUUUUCCCGAGGGUCCCGGUGGCCGAAGCAGAGAAGACCAAAAUACACGUGGAGCGGAAUGCGCUGGAUGGCUAUCGGACACUCUGUGUGGCUUUCAAAGAAAUCUCCCCUGCCGACUACGUGAAAAUUAAUAGCCGGAUUAAGGAAGCGACGAUGGCGUUGCAGGACCGGGAAGCGAAAAUGGCGAAGGUGUUUGAUGAGAUCGAGACGGACAUGCAUUUGAUCGGGUCCACGGCUGUGGAAGACAAGCUCCAAGACAUGGCGGCCGAAACCAUUGAGGCCCUGCACAAGGCGGGCAUGAAGAUCUGGGUGCUGACGGGGGACAAACUGGAGACAGCUCAGGCCACCUGCUAUGCCUGCAGGCUCUUCCAAACCAGCACCGAAUUACUGCAGCUGACGACCAAAAUGGUGGGGGAGGACGACCGCAAGGAGGAUCGCCUCCACGAGCUGCUGGUGGAUUACCACAAAAAGCUGGUGGUUGACAUGCCUCCUGGAAAGAGGACCUGGCUGCUCAGUCAAGAGUACGGCCUGGUCAUUGAUGGGGCCACCCUAUCCCUCAUACUGAACCCUUCCCAAGACUCGCGCUCUGGCCACUACAAGAGCAUCUUCCUCCAGAUAUGCCUGAAAUGCACAGCAGUCCUGUGUUGUCGAAUGGCCCCUCUCCAAAAAGCACAGAUUGUUCGAAUGGUGAAGAACUCGAAGGGCAGCCCCAUAACACUCGCGGUGGGAGAUGGAGCCAACGACGUCAGCAUGAUUUUGGAAGCUCACGUGGGCAUAGGUAUAAAAGGUAAAGAAGGUCGCCAGGCAGCCCGAAACAGCGACUACGCCAUCCCAAAGUUUAAAGACUUGAAAAGAUUGCUGCUGGCACAUGGGCAUUUAUACUACGUGAGGAUCGCUCACCUUGUACAGUAUUUCUUCUACAAGAAUCUUUGCUUCAUUUUCCCCCAAUUUUUGUAUCAGUUCUUCUGUGGUUUUUCACAACAGCCUCUCUAUGAUGCUGCUUACCUUACCAUGUUCAACAUCUGUUUCACCUCCCUGCCGAUUGUGGCCUACAGUCUACUGGAGCAACAUGUCCAUAUUGACACCUUGAUGGCCUUCCCAAAGUUAUAUCUGAAUGUUUCUGACAAUGCCAUGUUGCAGUUGAAGCCUUUCUUAUACUGGACCUUCCUGGGCCUUUUUGAUGGCUGCGUCUUUUUCUUUGGCACUUAUUUCCUUUUUCAAGAUGCUUCUAUACAGGACAAUGGAAAGACGGCAGGAAAUUGGACAUUUGGGACAAUGGUUUUUACCGUCUUGGUCUUCACCGUCACGCUAAAGCUGGCAUUAGACACUCGGUACUGGACGUGGAUGAACCACUUUGUCAUAUGGGGCUCCUUGAUCUUCUAUGUGUUUUUCUCAUUCUUCUGGGGAGGAAUUAUUUGGCCUUUUUUGAAGCAACAACGAAUGUAUCACAUCUUUGCCCAGCUGCUGAGUUCGGCCUCUUCCUGGCUGGCAAUGUUUUGCCUCAUCUUCGUCUCCCUUCUCCCAGAAAUCCUUGCCCUCGUUUUUAGGAACAUGAAGAGAAAAAUAAAGCAGUCAGACUCUCUGGAGUUGCCGAUGCUGGUGUCCUACAAACCUCUGGAGAACGGCUUCACCUCCGAAAUAGGAGUCGCUGCGGAUGGAUUUCCGAAACAUUGUCAUCUCAGGUUACUUCAGAUGCAAAGAAUAUAAGCCCGGCAAGUGGGUCGAGAUCAAUACGGAAGGAAUCAUGCCCACCGAAAAACAGAUGCAAGAUUGUUCCAUUUUUUAAAAACUAAACAAAACACAAUCAUCCAAAACAUUGCUUUGAAUUUUUAAAGAACAGAGCUGGGAAAAGUUGCAUUGUUUGCUAUUUGUUUCCCCGAUUUCAUCACUCGGAAGCAACGGAGGCGGUAUUUUCUUUGGCUGAGAAAAGCUCAGAGCGUGCCACCUUCAUUAGUAUUAUGUGUUCUUUUCUUCUUUUUUUCCCAACCAAAGAUACGGCACAAUUUUUACGUUUCCACGGAUUGCACUCAAAAAGUCUUGUAUACCAUUCCGCGGCUCCGCCAUAUAUUUGAACCAGCUUUUGUUGACAAAUAGAUAUAUUUUCCUCCAUUGGACCUUGAAAAGAUAUGCCUUAUUUGCUUCCUCUUCAGGCAACUCUUUGGAAAUACUCAGGAUCAAACAAAUCCUGGUUCUUUCCUAUUGCAUCCACUUCCAUUGCAAACACUGAAGCCAAUAUGCUUUAUCUUUAUUUGAACAAAAAUCGGGCAAGAUGCACAAAGAUCUCACCUAUUUUUUUAAAAUUCUGUGAUUUUUUUUGUUCCUUCAAACAAAGUGUCACAUCGCUGAAAUAAACAUGUAUUUGUUUUAAGGAGUUGCACAGAACUCUAGAACUUGACCUCCUUCAUCCACACGGAGACGAUUUUAUAUAUUUUGAGAGGAUGCAAAUGGAUAAAUGCUUUGAAAAGUUUAUCCACAAAGCAAAGGGAGUAUCUGCGUUGAUACAUAUAUAUAACAAGCAGUACGAAACCAGUUUCCGUCUUGUGGAAUCCUGGGAUUGAUAGAGACUUCUAAGUUCCUUGCCAAACUAUCAAUCCCAGGAUUCCACAAGACGGAAACUGGUUUCGUACUGCUUGUUAUAUGUAUCAACGCAGAUACUCCCUUUGCUUUGUGGAUAAAGCCAACUUUUCAAAGAAUGUGGCCAUUUGCAUCCUCUCAAAAUAUAUUAUAAAAUCGUCUCCACGUGGAUGAAGGAGGUCAAGUUCUAGAGUUCUGUGCAACUCCUUUAAACAAAUACAUGUUUAUUUCGACGAUGUGGCACUUUGUUUGAAGGAACAAAAAAAAAUCACAGAAUUAAAAAAAAUAGGUGAGAUCUUUGUGCAUCUUGCCCGAUUUUUGUUCGAUUCCCCUACAUUCAAAUAAUUUGUGGUCUGCGGUGUAGAACUUUCCCUGCUGUGGUUUUUCCUCUAAACUUUAGCUCUCAGAGACUUCUAAGUUCCUUGCCAAACUGAGAGCUAAAGUUUAGAGGAAAAACCACAGCAGGAAAAGUUCUACACCGUAGACCACAAAUCCCAGUAUUCUGUAAAAAUGUGCCAUGACAGCGUGGUAUUGAACUGCUAUAACUGUGCAAUGUAGACACUCUCUUGGUUAUGUGGUGUCCAUUCCAUUCUCUGUCUCCUCUUAAAGGGACAAACACACAGCUCUGAAGUGGCAACUUUCACACUUUUCCGAACAUUACCAUUGUUUCAAACGCAUGCACGAUCAAACGGAAAGCAAAAAUAGGAUGCUUCUUACCAGCUCUUCCAAAGCGCAGGGCAUUGCAGCAACGGCCUUAACUUUAUAUUUAGAAGAUGUCUCUGUCUGUUCCUUUUUUUAAACAAGAACUUUUCUGCAUGUGCAACAAAUGCAUGCAUGACCUCAACCGGGCACUUAUCUGUAUGCACAUCGAUUUCCCAGUGUUGGCAUGAACACACAACAGCCGGCAAUGCCGUAGGGAGCCAUUCUUUUUAGACUGACCGUUGUACCAAGGUGCUGCCAAGAGAUUACGAGAAAUCUUUCUCCUCCUUUCAGUAAUAAUAAUGUUACAUUCCAAAUGACGUUUUAUUUCGGAUCAUGAUUCUCAUGCUCCCCUGACCAUAUUGGUUGAGGAUUCUGGGAGCUGCAGUCCAAAAGGCAUGUUUCCCUGUAACGUCCCGUCCCGUCUGCAUGUUUCUCCUUCAUUGGCUUCUACCUUCAAUGGAAACGCUGCUCUAGUGCUUUUAUCUAGACCGAAAAGUCCAAAAAAGUCACCCGAAAAUGGUAACUUUGAUUCAUUUGAGCCACACCUGAACUUAUUUCUACAGGAGAAAAAAAAUGUUCCCUUCUUUCCAUUGUCUUCUAUGUGAUUUUCCCGCUUUAUGUUCAGUUUUGGAGAAAAACAACCCAAUGCAACUGGCAACACCCCGCACUUUCCCAAUUGCUUUUGCGGAGGAAUUUUAACAAUCUCGGCAGAGGAAGAAUAACACACACGGAGACACACAUAGAUGCUUUAACUUGACGUAUUUCUUCUUCACUCUUCAGACCAUUAUUGUUUGCCGAUUCUUGGCAUAUUGUAUCCUCGAUCCCAUUUCGGUGUGGCAAAAACUUCCAACGGACAACUUGGAGAAGUUAUUCGAAUGGACUAAAACUUCAGAACCUCAAGGCCAGGGUUCAUAUUGGUUGGAGGAUUCGUGGCAUUUUGACCCAAAAAGUAACUUUCCAAAGUUUUCCUCAAAACGACAGAAGGAAACCAUUGUGUCCCUCACUCCUUUUCUAAAAAUUGAAAACAGCAGGGAUUUUACUCUGCUUGUUUGCAAAUCCAGAAAAUGAUUUCUGUAAUACAGUGAGGACUUGGAGAAGUUAUUCGAAUGGACUAAAACUUCAGAACCUCAAGGCCAGGGUUCAUAUUGGUUGGAGGAUUUGUGUCAUUUCGACCCAAAAAGUAACUUUCCAAAGUUUUCCUCAAAACCACAGAAGGAAACCAUUGUGUCCUUCACUCCUUUUCUAAAAAUUGAAAACAACAGGGACUUUGAAAAUCCAGAAAAUUAUUUCUGUAAUACAGUGAGGAAUUUAGCAUUGGAGUUCCUUUAAAGAGAGAAAAAGCAGGUGAUUAUUAUUAUUAUUAUUAUUAUUAUUAUUAUUAUUUCACUUUUGGGGAGAUAUGCUGGAAGGGCUCACUAGAAAUCGAAAAUCACGGUCAGAGAAAAACAGUCUAAAAGAACAAGCCUGUUUUCCAUUAUAGUCAUGUACCUAAGGAUUGUAUGGAUUCAAUAAUGAAAAAAAUCCAUGAAUGUUUUGCAGCUUUGCCCUGCCAUCUUCACAGAGACCCGUGUCCAUAUUGUCAAACCUUUGCCUGAAUAAAAUCUGCAGCAGAUCUUAUAGGAAUAAAAUAAAAAUGUAAAUAAGGAGGAGAAGUGGAGGAGGGUGUACAUGAUAAGACAGAUUUCGAGGUGCAUUUUUUUCAGCUUUCUCUACAAACCAGCGGGACGGCAUAACUUGGUUUUUAUCACUGACUGCAAUUUUAUACUUCCAUGUUGCUUUCUAUAACGAUGACAAUGGAAUGUGAAUUUCAACUUUUAUGAAUGCAACUUUUUUUUUCAUUACAGAAAAAAAAAACAGAGUCUCUUUUAGGUUUUGUUUUGAAAUGAUCAAUAAAACUUUGGUAUGUUCUGA